GACUGCCACGUCUUACGGCGACGAGCAAGUGGAGCGGAACGCCCGAACGCGUCUCAUUGAAGAAGAAGAGCGACGCUCCGAGGCUUCCAUCCCACAAGACUUUCAGUCAUGGCGACCACAUUCUGCAAGCUGUUUGUCGGAGGACUGAAUGUGGAGACCACCGUCGAUGGCCUCCGCGGUCAUUUCGAGCAGUUCGGCGCGCUCAGCGACUGCGUGGUGGUAAUGAACCCGCAGCUCGGGCGGUCUCGCUGCUUCGGCUUCAUCACCUUCUCGACACCGGAGGAGGCCGACACAGCAAUGGCGGCUAAGCCACAUGUUGUCGAUGGCAACAACGUGGAACUGAAAAGGGCCAUAGCACGAGAGGACGCCAACAAGCCGGACGUCCUCGCCAACGUCAAGAAGGUGUUCGUCGGCGGCGUGAAGGACCACGUCGAGUCGGACCACCUGGUCGACUACUUCUCCAAGUUCGGUGUGGUGGAGAAGGCCGAGAUCAUCUCUGACAAGCAGACCGGCAGGAAGAGGGGCUUCGGCUUUGUCUACUUCGAAGACACCGACUCCGCCACGAAAGCGGUGCUCACCAAAUACCACAACAUCGACGGGAACCAGGUGGAGGUGAAGAAGGCUCUGACCAAGCAGGAGAUGUCCACCGGCGGCGGCGGCGGCAGAGGAGGCAGGGGCCGGGGGAGAGGGAUGCCGAGCUUCGGCGGAAGAGGAGGAGGAGGAGGCGGCGGCUACAGGGGAGGCUACGGCGGCGGCGGUGGUUACGGAGGCGGGUACGGGUACGGUGGGGGUUACAACGGCGGCGGAGGAGGUUACGGUGGAGGCUACGGGGGCUACGAAGAAUACGACGACCAGGGAGGCGACUACAACAAUGGUGACUUUGGGGCGGGCUACGGACAGCAGCACUCCAACUAUGGUGCAAUGAAGGCGGACAACUAUUCCUACAGGAGCGGGGCUCCUUACAACAGAGGCGGUGGCUACGGCAGAGGUGGCGGGUUCGGCGGCUAUCAGUGACACCCUCCAUGUCUGAGAUGCUCAUGGGGAAAAAAUCUGAACUUGAAUCUACACACGGACACAGUACACAAGCCCAGGUGGAGGGGGGUGAGGGGUCUGUGUUGUUCUGUAUUGCCCAUCACCCACCAUGAAUGAAUGAAUGAGACUGUCUUGGCCCCCCCACCCUCCUCCAGGACCCCCACACGUCCUCUUAUUCCACACGUGGACUUUACUACUAAGAAUUGUGAAUUAUUGAAUUGUACUUAUGUUUUUUUUUGGGGGGGGGGUGGGUUGUUUUGAAUUUGUAAUCAAUGUCAGUCACUGCUUCUGGACUCAGAUGUGAGUUUGUUUGUCUUGCAGACAUGUGUUACUGUUGAUUCAUGAACUCAGGGUUUUAGGUGAAGUUGGUGGCAGUGUCCGGCAUCGUGGGACUCAACUGAGUUUCUUGAUCUUAAAAACACUUCUCGUGACAAAGUCUUUUUUUCGUACUGUUCUGUUGAUUGUAGAUUGACCUUUAUCCACCUAUCCCGUCCCAUAAGGCGUCCAGGCUUUUGUUUAAAUUAAAACUGUUUGAAAUCCAUGUGUUCAGUUCACCCCAUAUAUUGUAUUCUGCUUUUAUUAAAGUUUUUAAUGUUUUGAAAAUCCA